AUGGAAUUUGUAUCGUCGCCUUUGCCAUCUGAUUAUAUUCGUCAUGAUCCGAGAAUAUUCUUCUCAUAUCACCCUGAGAAUACAUCGUUUCAAAAAGGCUUUUUGGGAGUAAGCACCUCCACUGUGUCCGGAACACUACAUAUCCGAUCUCCUUACGCUGUUGAGGUUAAAAACAUUGCAUUGACAUUCAUCGGCCGAGAGGUUGUGGAAUGGGGUGAUUUAAAAAAGAUAAAAGCCGAAAAAAUUAUUUUCAGUCAAAGUGAUUAUCUGUGGGAAGCCGCGUCAGCUUUGGGACGUGAACUCAUCACUGACUUGGAUUUGCCGUUUAGCUUCGAUGUGCCCGAAGAUGUUGUUGAAUCAUUUACUUCACAAUUCGGUAAAGUCCAAUAUACUUUAAAGGCCAUCGUUAAUCAUAAAGCCAAGAAGAAGAUAGCAGUGGAGGUGAAAGUACCAUUAUGUAGAUGGUCAAUACCGGAAGAACAAAAAUUGAGACCUUUGAUAAUAAGAUCAAAUGCUCGACAUCGAAAAAUGUCUCUUUCGUGGCAAGCUAUUCUCCCACGCACAUUUUUUGAUAUAAACUCCGAGGUGGUAAUCAAGCUGCGGCUUGUUUCGCACAAUCCUUAUCUGAGAAUCAGAAAGAUCAGUGCGUAUUUAAAAACCUAUGUGAAUUACACGGUGAAGAAUCAUGGAGUGUUGCAUGAGAAGAGACACUCGAAAUACCAAAUAUAUGGAAAAGAUAUCCAGAUGACACCGGUGGGGUUGGAUACGGAAUUUGAAUCGAAUGUGGUGGUGAAGAUAUCUAAUAGUGUUCCGCCUACUUGUAAAACAAAAUAUACUGCCGUUAAAAAUCAGAUUCAUAUUAAGGUAUCGUUGGAAAAAUCGCGACAUCCUGUAAUGAUUAUAAGAGAUAUCACAGUGGGAAGAAAUUUUAUGAGUUACGGUGAUUUAGUAGAACAAAUAAUAUAA